AAAAUAAAAAUGGUAAAGAGUGUUGAAUUGAAAAACGUACCAAGUAAAAUCUUUGUUAUGAGCGAAAAGAUUGAAGUUUAGGUGUUUAGGCUAUAUGUAACAAUAUCUAGCAUUUGUGAUAACGUAUCAAUUUUAUAGACUGUACUGUUUAUAUUGAAAAAUAAGUAAAUUUAUAAGUUUCCGGCUCAGCAGUGGUGAUUUCGUGUAACUAUCGAAAAGCAAUGGAUUCAUGUCUGGGAGUUGAACAAGAUUUAGACAAAGCUACAACUAAAUUCACUGCUUUAAAUGACCAUGCGAAGAAGGUUUUAGAAGAUAUACUUAACCAGGUGCAAGAACUGAAAAAAGAAUUCGCGCAACUACCCUCGGACACACCACUAUCACAAAGCCAAUUGAAGACUGUGAAUGACUUAACAGCUUCUGUUAAGCAGAAUGUUUUUCAAUUAUCAACAGAGCACCGUGAAUUACAUGCAACAGUGUCUAAAGUUGGUAAAUCCAUUGAUAGACAUUUCAUAGCUGACUAUGCAGCUGUUGCACCAAAGGCUGAGACAUUUUGCUCUGAUGCUAAUAGGCCUAUUAUGGAACAGGCUAUUGCUCAACAUCUUUAUAGACAGGGUCUGGACGAGGUGGGCGACUCGCUAGUGACGGAGGCGGGGGUGACGGCGGAGCGCGGCAGCACGUUCGCGCAGCUGCAGCGCUGCGCCGCCGCGCUGGCGGACGGCGACCCCGCGCCCGCGCUCGCCUGGGCCGCGGCGAGGGACAGCGACCUCGCGCACUCGCCGCUGCCCUUCGCCUUACACCGCAUGCAAGCGCUUAAGCUGGCGCGUGAGGAGGGCGUGUGUGCAGCCAUCGCGUACGCGCGCCUGCAGUUCCCGGCGCACGCGGCGCGCCACGAGCGGCAGCUGCAGGCGGCCGUGUGCGCGCUGGCCUGGUGCUCGCCCGGCGCGCCGCCGCCGCCGCCGCACUACGCGCAGCUGCUGGACCCGCGCGCGCUGGGUGCGGAGGCCGCCGAGCUGUUCGUGCGCGAGGCGUGCGCAUUAUUGCGCCUGGCGCCGCACUCGCCGCUGGCGGGCGCCGUGCUGGCGGGCGCGCGCGUGCUGCCCGCGCUGCACGACAUCCGCGCCAAGAUGUCGCACCCGCACGUGCUGGCCGCCUGGGCCGACGACGAGCUGCCGCUUGAGGUGGAGCUGGGCGAGGAGGGCGGCGGCUACCACUCGGUGUUCGCGUGCCCCAUCCUGCGCCAGCAGGCGUCGGAGCACAACCCGCCCAUGCGCCUGCUGUGCGGACACGUCAUCUCGCGCGACGCGCUCAACAAGCUCGCCAUGGGCGUCAAGUUGAAGUGUCCCUACUGCCCCAUGGAACAGUCUCCGUCAGAGGCACGACAGAUAUACUUCUCGUAAAUUUUCAUAAAUUUUUACGACAGAUGACACUUGUAUUAAUUUCACAUUGCUCUCCAAUGUAUCUUGCAUUUUGUAAGGAAUUUGUAACAAGAGUCGAAAAAGUGGUAGAAUAAAAAUUGUAACUGAUAAAUACA